AUGGAUCAUCCUGAGCCCAUUUCAAAGCGCCCAAUGGAUAUUCCCCAGUGUCGCAAAGGCUUCACAUUAGAGGAAGCCCGUGCAUUCAUAGACCAGGUGAUGGAUGUGUUCCACGGGUUGGAGGAUAUGUCCGAUCUGCGUUCCAUGUACGAGACCGGGAAACAACUGAGCCGGGCUUAUUUCGAUUGCCAUACUUACCGAGCUGAAUUGGCACAACACUUGACUAAUUGUGACUAUCCGGCAUUUGCAUCGAAGAUGAUGAAAAAGCUGAACAACAUGGGCGUGUUCAAAAAUGACGAUAUUUGGUUCUCUUCUUUUUACUUCUACAACACCACAUGGAAUUUUUCUGACACGUGGCCGGACUUUGCAACUGCGUUGGCUGCUGCAGGUUUGCCGAAUCUGUUGAAUUUGAAUAUUGGCCAUCAACCAUAUCUAGAGAAUCUGAGCAGCAAAAAUGUCUACUAUCUUAUCAAAGCUAGUCUGUCCAUCAUUCACAAUAUCGCCCGCGUACCUGGUAAUACACAUUAUUUCACUUCAGAAUCCGUCAGACAGGCAUUGCUACAUUUGGCACAGAGAGAGGAGGAAUUUUUACGUUGUGUAUCUACAUUGUGUCUAGCUCACAUUGUCACUGAGUCCGAAGCACACCUGAUCAUGGACACUAGCUCAGGUGGAAUCGACUUACCCCGCGUCCUGUUUGGCUACAUCAAUUCGGCGCGUGUGUCGGAGAAACGUCGAUGUCAUGGUUUUCAAGUGAUUGAGCUUUUAUCUGCUUUAUCCGCAUUCUCUGUCCACGACACCGUUAAAGCGAAUUUAGUCAGUAUCAGUAUUCCACCAACUGGUGGCCCCACAUCCGACCAGGGAUCUGCAUGUAUUAGUCUUCUGAAAGACCUCAUCGACGCUGCUGUGCAUCCAUCGCCUAGUACAGUCUCAAUCAAAGAAGCUGAGGAAGCUAUUCGUAUACUAUGGAAUUUAACAGUUGAAACCACUUCCUUGACUAGUAGUACACAGAACCAAAUGAAAACAUGGGUUGGUGAAGUACUAAAUAACCCGGCGGUUCCAAAUCUCUUUACCAAAGCCAUGAUACGUGCAUUAGAAGCCAUACAUUGGAAAUUAUGCCAUACUGUUCCUGCGGUCAUCCGAGAUGAGCCUGCCGAAUGUGGUUCGGUGCUUUUUAGUUUCGCUCCAUCCAACCGUGUUGCUGUCAGUCGUGUUGCAGAUCGUCUUCGUGAAGCAAACCUUCCGAUCUCCAACGUUCCUUUUGUUUCUGAAUCCAUCGCUCUUUCCGAAGCUAGUCUGGUUGGAUUGAGUAUGUGCGCCUGCAAUACAGCAACGAGAACGCAGUGGUUGGAAUGUAUUGACCAAUCAACAAUUAUGGUUGUUUGCCUCAGUGAUGCCUAUCGCCUGAGUCCUGGUUGUCGUCUAGAAGCGGAAUAUUUUAUCAGCACUGGUUCGGAUAUUCGACCUAGACCUAUAAUCCCUAUUGUAUUGCAGCCAAAGCUGAAGCCCACAGGGUGGCUAACACGCCUAUCCAACAGACAUAUGAUUGAUUUCAACGGGAAACGAGAUACAGAAGCAAGUUAUGAAACAUUGAUUAAUCAGCUCAGAGAGCUUGUUGCCGAAGCCAGAAAGCGUGCCGAAGCCGCUGCUCACGCUGCCGCCAUGGCUACGGCACGUCAUCCUUCCAUUGAUAGCAAACGUCACAUGGCGAUUGCUGGGGAUACUGGAAUCGCUGGAAUGAGUAAUGCUGAUCCAAAUGUCAAUCAUCUGAAUGGAGGCCCCAUAGGAGGCAAUCGUGCCGCGUCGGUUUUGUCUGUCAAGCGCGAAGAUGCGCUCCCGACGUCCGCUGCUCAUGGCUUUCCCAACAAAGUCCUAGAUCCCAGCAUGAGUUUGGGUGCCCUUAGCGGUCUGGCCUCUCGACCCAUACCAACCAAUGCUUGGCGUCAAGUGAUCAAACCUGAAGUACGGACUUGGUCUACGAGCACUGUUGCAACGUGGCUACGAUUUCGUGGUCUAGGUCAUGUGCCAGCAAAUAUGGCGGGAGGCAUAGACGGCAUUUUACUGUCUCAACUAGCAGGCCUACGCCUUUGGGCUCCAGAGUAUUUCACUCAAAGUCUCCGAUCCGACCUUGGACUCAGUUUUGCCGAUUCUCUGCGUUUUUUGGAAGCCCUUGAUGAACUUGCCCCAGAUGAUGAUGAAAAGAAGUUACAGGAGAGCUCUGAUGGUAUCGGUCUAAACGCGCACGUAAACGCGAUGGAUGGUCCGAUUGCAAGACAGUAGUGCCUUUAACAACCACACGAUCCCCGCUUC